AUGGACGACCAGUGUGAAAAAUAUGUGAAACAAUGUAAUGCUUGCACCUUAGUAUCUUCCGUUGGGCCACCGGAACCGAUGCUGAGAACAAAAAUGCCGGAUAAAGCGUGGACAGAUGUGGCAGUGGAUUUCCUUGGACCUCUGCCUAGCGGACACUACCUUUUGGUUAUUAUCGACUACUACAGCCGAUUCGUAGAGGUCAUGAUUAUGCGAAAGACAACUGCUGAGUUAACAACAGAAGCUUUAUAUGAAACAUUCACUCGUUUCGGAGUUCCGGAAGUAUUGCGAUCCGAUAAUGGACCUCAAUUUAUAAGCGAAUGUUUCAAGUCAUUUUGCAAGGAGUUUGGCAUCACGCAACAGAAGACUACUCCGUAUUGGCCACAGGCCAAUGGAGAAGUAGAGCGAAUGAACAAUACAAUACUGAAGCGACUUCGUAUAAGCCAGGAGACAAAUAAAGAUGGGUGGAAGUGGGAUCUUAGGAGUUUUCUGCUGAUGUACAACUCCACUCCGCACAGUACUACAGGAAUAGCACCGUCAGCUCUCAUGUUUGGAAGGGUGAUGAGAGAUAAGCUGCCGUCGGUUCAACAGUCAACGGGUAAGCUGACAGAAAGUGUCCAGGAUAAAGAUUGGGAGAGAAAGCUUCGCCAAGCGGAAAUUAAUGACAAGAAAAGGAAAGCCACACCUAGCACGCUGGAGGUUGGAGAUAGAGUGGUAGCUAAAAGAAUGUCAAAAGACCAUAAAUUAUCAAGUAAUUUCGGACCAGAACAAUUCAAGUCAUUGGACGUGAAGGAUCGGAUGUUGAACUACGAUCAUUGGACACUCAGAAGAUAUUUCAUCGCAACGCUUCACAUCUCAAAGAAAUCACUAGGAAUUGUGACCAACCAGAGUCAGUGA